GUGUUCCAGGAGUCUCCAGAGCCCCUCAUUUAAUCGUAAUGACUGGCGCAGCGACCUACCAAGUUUGCUUGAAGAAGGACGGCACGGAAUUCUCUACAGUACGCCAGAUUCGACUGAACGCCACUGUGGAAGAAACGCACAAGGAUUUGCUGAUAGGACAACGUGGACUUCGUCAUGUGCUUCAACCAUUGAGAGCCAAACCAUGUCGUACGGCAGUGAAACUUUUCAAAGAUAAAAAUGGUUAUGAUUAUGGGAUGGAUGACAUAGCAGAGGCAAAGGAAUACAUAUUGAAACUGGAGGUUUGUCGCGAUGCAGAUGAAGAAGUGCACUUGCGGUUUGAAUAUCUCUCAUGGAGCUGUGACGACUUCAAUAACUUGAGUACGGAAGAUGAUGUACGUCAUCAGUUUUUUGAUACAAUAACUGUAAGAGAGGGACAAGGUCCACAACAUCAAAACAAUCAAGUAGUGCUGCCACACAGUGGAACAGCUAAUGGAACACCAUGUAGCAACACUGACUUUCAACAAAUGCCGAACCCAUCUGGCAGUCAAUCAAGAUCAAACAACCAAAGUCUUGUGGGAUUUCCAAGUGAAAGCUAUGAGAAAGAGUUUUUAACACCAACGGACAAACUGAUUGAUAUUGUCACCGAUUGUGGAAGACACCAGUAUCACAAAUUUGCAUUUGAACUUAAAGUUCCUCUGAAGGAAGUUGAUGAUAUUAAUGUAACGUUAGACCAAAACAGGCAAAGGCUCCACCGCAUCAUUCAGAAAUGGAUGGAUGGCAAAAGAGUCACUCGUGGACAGCUACUAAUGGCUUGUAAACGAGCAAAAGUGUAUGGGGCAGUUGAGACAGAAGUGAUGACUUUACUGCAGUCAAUAUAAACAAUCGAACUUCGUACUUGUUUGUAACUCUUUAGUAGACUUCUACUUGUUUGUCAUAAUUGUUUCUUAUUAGAUACCAGUCAUUGGGUAAAAAGCAGUGGGCUAAGUUUGCUCCCAACCUUUUAAAUUUUUACCCUGCUAUUCGUAAGUCCUAGGAGGAUGGAAACAUAGAAAAAACUACUGUAUUAAAUGCUUGCAUUUGGACUUUGGCACUGUAGGUACCCAUAAUGACCCAACUCUUGUUGGUGGAUUAUAAAUGAAAUAUGUGCAGACAGACAGACAGAGACAGACAGACAGACUGUUAUAUUUGAACUCUUAAAACUCUACAAAUAACAACUGCUAACUUUACGUAUCCAUAACAAUAACAGUCAAGGAACAAAAUGUUGAAUGUCUUUAUCAUACAGAAAAUCAUCAAAAUUGUACUUAGACAACUUCGACAACUUUUUGAAAAUCACACGAGAGUUGCAAGACUGUACAACUACAGACAGUUGCUUUCUCCAUCUAUCUCUAAUGUCUGUUUUGCUGCUUUCCAUUUGCAUCUUUUGAAAUUUUGGAGAUCUUAUCGAGAUAGUCUUCAGCCAUAGGGCCCCAAAAACCAGUGUUCAAAAACCAGUGGAAUACACAGACAGACAGGCAGGCAGGCAGACAGAAGGAGCCUCAGCACCGAUACUCUGGGAAUAAAAACCGACCUGAUAUAACUAGUUGUUUACGACUCAGGCUCAAGCCUUUAAAGAGCCCACAGUGACUGGAAGGAGGUAUGUAGCAGCAAGGAGAGAAAUGAAAGCAAGCAGAGAUGAUGGACAGUAUCUUCCUGAAACUUCUACUUCUCUAACGUUUACUAGUUUUGAACAUUUUGGAUGGUGGGCUGAAGAGUAGAAACACUCUCGCAAGACAUUGAGGGGAGAAGGAAUGAGGCAGCUUUUAUAAGGUUUUGGAGGAUACAUUUUCAAUUUAUUCACCAGUGCUGCAAUUCGCAAGUCAUCAUGAACAAAUUGCAACUUAUACGAGUUACCGGGUUAAGUAGAUGAGAACAUUUAUGACAGAGACAUCCAAGGGUUCACUACUAGCAGAUUGAACCAUGUAUUUAAAAUUUAGUGAUAGAAAUGUUAUGUAGAGUUUGCAUUUCAAUAAAGCCAGCCAGCCAAACAAGCAGACAGCUUUCAAACAAGAAGGGAAGAAACAAAAUACAAGUAAAAGAACUUCUGAAUGGUGUAGCCCCAUCCUGUAAGCUAUGGCACAUUUGGUCACUGGAGAUUCAGGCAGAGAAGAUAGCAGAGAAGUCACAAGAUGAUGAGGGGAGACAAAUCCAGCUGUGUUUAAAACUGAAUGGAGAAAUUCAUAAGUUAUUUCACAGAAAUGCAACUGCAAAGUACUCGGGGACAAAACAACAUACUUAUGAUACGUCUAGUAGUGCUAAUGUUUUUAUUUGUAAUUUGUGUUCAAGGACCCUUAUGUCCUUGUUAUUGUUGUAAAGAGCCAUAGAUUCAGUAGCUACUUGCUAGUUCUUUUGUUAAAAAGAUGUUUCUUAUCUUUUUUACAUAUUGAUCGUCUUCACUUUCAGAAGAUGUUAUGUUAUAACGUCAUAUAAUUUUGCAUCAAUGUCAAACCGUGUUGCUAACGCUUUUAUACACUCUAAAGCUAAAUCCAAUAUUUUUUCUGCAGCUUUCAUUAUUUGAUUAUAAUGUGACGUAAAGACAAUUGCAGAAACACGUGCUUAUUUCUUGUGCCUCUG